UCAACAGAUAUUAUUUUAUCUGUUUCUUUGUUCUAUUUUUUAGUACCUAAAGGAAGUGUUUAAAUUGUGCAGUAAAAUAAACAUUCAUUUAACGAUCUACUAUUUAUAUUUUGAGCCUUUCUGUUUCUAAACGUAUGACCAUCACCUACUUGAAAAAAUUACAGAUAUAAAUCCUGACGAUUAAAAUUACUCUCUUCAACGGAGGAUAGGACUUGUAUACAAAUGUCUACUUACGAUCUAAAACAUAAAUAUUGUGCAGAAAGCAUAGCUUUGUUCGGCUCCAUUAAAAGUUAGAAGUAGUAACAUACAAGGACUGGGAAGAAAUUAUUGACGAAAUGAUAUCUAACCAGUCAAUCAAAUCCAAUGACCGAUCUUUUUCAUCAUCUUAUGAUAGCCCCGCAACCCAAAGAAGAACUUGUGACUCACCACAUUCCGAAAGUAGUAUAGAGCGUGGUGAUAGAGGCAAACUUGUGCAAAUGGUUACAUUUCUGGAUCAACAGAAUCAGCAACUACAAAAUGAGUUAGCCAUAGAAAAACAGCGUCGCAAGGAGGAGCUUUCGGUUAUUAUUAAAUCAUUGAUUUGUAUGGAAUCGAAGCUGAAAUUAGACAAAAAACGUAUCAAUCAGCGGCUUUUGAAAAAUGACACAGAAAUAUGCCGAUUGAUAUGUCUAAAUCGGUUGUUGCGAAAGAAAUUGAACGAUGCUGCGGUAACAAACAACGAUUUAUUUCUUUUUGAUGCUUUGCAAUGUGAUACUUGUAAGAAAAAGUUUUAUGCCAUAGACACAAAAGAUAAUUGGAGUCAGACAACGAAAGAUGGACUUUUGCUAAAUGAUCAGCCAACAAGUGAAUUAUCAAGUGAUGAUACAGUAUCAUCUUCAUUUAAUGGAGCUCGAAGAUGCGUUCGUUACACAAGCAAAAGAACGUUUGGUACUUUCCGAGAUUAUAUGCAUUCCCGUUCUAUGGCGAUUGAUGAUAAUUUCGAUAGUCUAGCAGAAAAUCCGAGCACAAUUAGUAACGAUGAUAGUCAGAAAAGCUACGAUAAAAUAACUUCCUACAAUACAGCAACUAAUAAGCUUCAUGAUGUACCACGUGUUUCUUCAAUCGAAUACGAUAUAAAUAGUGAAUGCGAUAUAAAUUCCAGACUAAAAAAUCAAAACCACUCAUCGGCAUCGAGUUUAUUUUUUCCAGCUGAGGAUAACAGAAUAUUCUCACCUGAAAUCAAUAUAUCGCCUUAUAGCAGCAAAAGCAAUUCAAUUAGUAGUUCGAAAGGUUUUUUAGAAACGCCGCCGAAAAAUAAAUUUGAAAUGUCCAACGAUAAUUGGUAUGCCAGUGCUAGCGAGGGAGAGGAGGAUCAAGGCGUACAAACAAAUUUAUAUGGUUACAAUGUUGCCGUGAACCCAGUCCUGGAGUGCGUCAAUCAGAUCCUUUUACAACAAUCGAUGGAAGAGCCAAGUAAUGAUUGCGAAUCAAAGCCCUUGGAAUGUAGCAUUAAUAAAAUCACUAGAGAAGGAAAUACAGGAAAUACUCGAAAGCGAGUGCAUUUUUCGACGAAAAAUAGUAUGGCUUCUGUGCCGAGAAGUAAUAAUGAUCACUACCAAGAAAAUCUUGAUGUCUCCUUACAACUUUCCCCACAAAAUAAACAUGUAAUAGCUGAUCAAAUCAAAGAUAACAUUCUAAACUACGAAAGUAUCUAUAGCAACGAAUAUGAACCGAUUGGUAGUGAAAACAACUCCUCCCACUUGUACGUUGAUAUGGAGGCAAAACUUGGACCAGAAGAGCUCACAAACCUGGAAAAUAAAAAACCCAAGCAACCGCCAGCACUACCUCCAAAACCAGCGAACCUCUUAAAAUUCAAUAAGGCUUUCAAGGAAAAUGGAUUCAAUGAAUCUGAAAAGUUCGCAACUACUGAUGAUAAGUUAGUUUUAUCAGAACCAGAUUAUUGCUCGAUCUCUGAGGUGAACCCGACUCCAACUUUCGUACAAGUAGUUGCUGACGUUCACAAGGAGCAACAUUUUGAAACUGAUUUAGAGACAGAAAGUCUGAAUAGCGAUAAACAAUCUCAUAAGACUGAUGAUAUUGAUAAAAUAUUUGCUAAUAUACCCCAGUUAUCAACUUUCGCUGCAAUUACAGUUCCAAAAUCACCACAAUCAAAAGUAAACUUACCUGUAAAAGCUCGUCACUUUGAAGUAGUAUCAAAGUCUCAACGGUCCCCACGGCAAUUUAAACGCAAAAAUGUUCCGAAUAUCUUGGCUGAAAUAAACAAACGAAUGACGUACUCUUUUCCAACAGUGCCUUCAAAGACGACUCAUUUUGUUCAAAAUGAAUCAACUAAUAUAUCGACCCUUUCGAAUAAAUCCCAAACGCCGAUAGUUAAACUUCCACUAAAUUCGAGUCCUGUUGAACAGGAGAAACAUCUUCCCAUUCAAGCAGAAUUUGACUGGUAUAAUUUAGAUGUUGAGUAUGGAAAGUCCUCUUCGAACCUUCCGAAUAUAAACAGAGCCUCUGAUGUUAGCAUGGUGGAUAAAUCAAAAGAUGUUCUUAUAAAGCUUCAUGGAGUCGAGUAUAACUUAGAUGAAGAGUUUUCCUUAGGUGGGAGUCCCGAUAAAAUCAAUGAAAACGAAAAUGAGCCACCAAUAUCAUUAACUGACCCAGGAUCACCAAAGACAGUAUUCAAAGAGUUUCCUAUAAUAGCAGAACCGACCACUUGCAUUAAGAUUGAAAAACCUGCUAGCUUCGACAAGUUUAUUGAUAGCUCUGGAUUGAGUACAAAGCCCUUGCCUAGACAAAGGAAGAUCUACUUUGCCGGACCAUUUGUGUAAUAAUUUUACUAUAAUUUUUUUCAAGAGUUCGUAAUAAACUUUAUUCCAUUAUUUAAUAUUUAUCAAUUAUUUAUUUCCUAAAUAAAAAUAUUUUAUUUUACCUGGAA